UUUAGGGGAAAAAGAGAAGGAACACAAGAUUCUCCUUCACACUUGCUGCAACUGCAAUCACCACCUGGUUCUCCUCCUCUGAUUCUCUCUUUUUUCUUGGUUUUUGAGUGUAUCAGCAAUCGAACUCACGCCGCAACUGCAAUCACCAGUUGCUUUUUGAGCGUUUGCAUCUCAUGCCGCAACUGCAAUCACCACGACGAGCUCGUUGAGCGUUCCCAUUUUCCAGCAACAGGAAGACAUUGCAUCUCCUAGUCACCCUUUGUUUCAGGUCUUUCCCAUACAUAUAAAGGGAAUUGCUGGAAGCUUGGUGGUCUUGUUGACCUGGUUAGGAGCGGGGUGGUUUCAUAUACUUUAAAAGUUUCGUAUGAGCUGGAGUUCUCCUGGUACUUUGUUUUUCUAUGCUGGAUGUUCCCUCUUAACUAUUCCAUUUGUAGCAAAAGUAGUCUCACAAUCUCAAGGCUUGUCCUUCCCAAACACAGUGGCCGGUUCCUCCGUUUCUCAACCUCACCCUCGUACGACGUAGGAGCCUGCAUUGCCUCCCUUCAAUCAUGUGCCCACAACACAAACCUCUCCAAAGGCAAGGAGCUCCAUUCCCACUUGCUCAAAAAUGGCCUAUUUUCAUCCCCACUCGCCACCACAAGCCUCAUCAACAUGUACUCCAAGUGUACCCUCAUGGACCAUGCCCUUAAAGUUUUCAACUACCCCACCCAUCAUGACAAAAAUGUCUUUGCCUACAAUGCAAUCAUUGCCGGAUUCGUAGCAAACAGGCUUUCCCGAGAUGGGUUUGGUCUUUAUAGGCAAAUGCGGCAUCUGGGUGUUGUUCCUGAUAAGUUCACUUUCCCAUGUGUGAUCAGAGCUUGUGGUGAAACUGCGGAGGAUUCGGAGGUUGAGAAGAUUCAUGGGUUGUUGUUUAAACUUGGAUUGGAAUUGGAUGUGUAUGUUGGCAGUGCUCUGGUUAAUACUUAUUUAAAGUUUGGGUUGGUGGAGGAAGCGCAUGAGGUGUUUGAGGAAUUGCCUGUUAGAGAUGUGGUGCUUUGGAACUCAAUGGUUAAUGGGUAUGCCCAGAUUGGGCACUUUGAGGAGGCCCUGGUGGUGUUUAGGAGGAUGAGGGAAAAUGGGGUGGUUCCUUGUAGAUAUACAGUUACUGGUGUUUUGUCUAUAUAUUCUGUGGUCGUGGACUUUGACAAUGGACGAGCUGUUCAUGGGUUUCUGACAAAAAUGGGUUAUGCCUCAAGUGUUGUUGUUUCAAAUGCACUGAUUGAUAUGUAUGGGAAGUGCAAGUGUACUAGUGAUGCCUUGAAUGUAUUUGAGGUGAUGGAUGAGAAAGAUAUCUUCUCAUGGAACUCGAUAAUGUAUGUUCAUCAACGGUGCGGUGAUCAUUAUGGAACUUUGAGGCUUUUUGAUAGGAUGCUAGGAAACAGGAUUCAGCCCGAUUUGGUUACAGUCACAACAGUACUGCCAGCCUGUACUCAUCUAGCGGCCCUGAUGCAUGGCAGAGAGAUACAUGGGUAUAUGAUUGUAAAUGGAUUGGGGAAGGAAGGGAGAAACAGUGAUUUUGAUGAUGUUAUAUUGAGCAAUGCUUUGAUGGACAUGUAUGCGAAAUGCGGAAACAUGAGAGAUGCUCGCAUGGUUUUUGAUAAUAUGGGAGAGAAAGACAUGGCCUCAUGGAACAUCAUGAUCACGGGUUAUGGAAUGCACGGUUAUGGCGAUGAGGCAUUGGAUACGUUUUCUCGAAUGUGUCAAGCUCGUAUGGUACCUAAUGAAAUCAGUUUUGUUGGAUUGUUAUCUGCGUGCAGCCAUGCUGGCAUGGUAAAGGAGGGGCUUGAGUUUCUUGCAGAAAUGCAGUCAAAAUAUGGUGUUACACCAUCUAUUGAACACUACACCUGUGUGAUUGACAUGCUUUGUCGAGCCGGGCAGCUCGUGGAGGCUUAUGAUUUAUUUCUAACAAUGCCCUUUAAGGCUGAUCCGGUAGGAUGGAGAUCUUUGCUAGCGGCAUGCCGUCUCCACAAGGACACAGACUUGGCUGAGAUUGCUGCAAGUAAGGUGAUUGAACUUGAGCCAGGUCACUGUGGAAAUUAUGUGCUAAUGUCAAAUGUUUAUGGAGUGGAUGGUCGAUAUGAAGAAGUAUCAGAGUUGAGGCACACAAUGAGGCAACAAAAUGUGAAGAAAAGACCGGGAUGUAGCUGGAUUGAACUCAUGAAUGGUGUGCAUGUUUUUAUAACGGGUGAUAGGACUCAUCCCCAAACCAACUUUAUUUAUGCUGGUUUAAAUUCAUUGACAGCAGUUCUGCAAGAGUAUGGAUAUGUACCAUUUAUCUAGCAUUUGGCAUGCAAAGAAAGUUAGGCAUGGAUACAUGAGGACCUUAUUCUUAUGAUGGAUUAUAUGUUGAAGAGCAGAUCAAUAAAGCAUAGGCCCUUCUAUCUUGGACUUCAGAUAAAGUAACCCUUGAUGUAUCAUUCUAUAAGUUGCAGAAGUUUAGGACAUACUAAAUACAUAAGAUUAAUUCAAGAGUUUGGAUAAGCAUUGUCAGUUCCGUCCUAUCUUGAUUCUGGUGGCCCCUUGUUUUUAUCUCAUUAAGCAUUUAUGAAUCCGAGUAUGGAACCGGUUUUUUCCAAUUGUAUAUAUACAUACAUAUAUACAAACAUUUGUAAUAACUUUUCUGCUCUAUUUGCUUUUACUUCUUUCUUUUCUUUUGACAGAAUUACAGCCGGGAUCUUUUCUUGUUCCUCUACCUUCUUCUGAUCAUAUUUUCAGCAAUGACUUCUUUGAAAAAACAUAAUGGCUCAUCAGCAUUUUUCUGGAAGAAGCAUACUUUACCUUAAUCGGCAUCAAACAGAGGAAUGGAAAAGAUGGAUGCAGAUUGGUGCUCCUUUCAGAAGAUGUGAAAACUUGUAAAUAGAGAUGCUAUAUCUAUGUUUGCUUCCCAGAAAGUUAUGGUUAAAGUAUUAACUUGACCUUUUCUUUGCGUUGUUAAUUUAGUUUGAAAUUAACAUUGUUUUACCUGCUACAACUUGCCUACUGUGAAAAAUUAUCCGUUUCCUUUUGGGGUCUCAAUAUUUUUUUUCUAAUGUUUGUAGUUCAUUGAUUAUAAUUUAUGUCAUAAUGUAUAGGCAGGCUGGCAGGACCAUUUAGAGAGAUAUAGAGGAAUGGUCUAUCUAUAAAGUUUCAACUCAAUACAUGUUAGGUAUUAUGGCAUUGUUUGAUCAUUGUAGCUGACCCUAAUAUCCUGUGGAAAGGAUUUGAUUCUUGUUGUGGUUUUGUAUUUUAAAUGUUAGCAGAUGCCAAGUAGAAAGUGUGGAAUACGAUCUAUUUGAUGACAUGUGAUGGAAAUCAAAGCUUUUAGUUAUCAAAAUGAAACUAAAAUCAAUGUAGCUUAAUGUUGUCGUAAUGCAUACUACUCUCGUAAUGCAUACUACUUUCAACUGCCAUAAUACAUCCAAAAUGGUUUGAAUUUGUCAGGUACUUAUAAGUUAUAACCAUUUGUUCAUAUUUUUGUUCCAUUUUGUAGGUCCUCUUUCUAAUGUAUCAUUAUUUUGCUGCAACAAAGGUAUACAACGCAAUCCGUGUUUUCAUUGGAUUUGGCAACUUCUCCUAUUAUUACAUCAGAAAAUAUUUUAGCCUUGCACGCUUUGCUCAGAUGAUAUGGAAGCUUAAUCUUUUUGUGGUCUUCUGUUGUAUUGUGCUAAACAAUGACUAUAUGCUAUAUUUCCAAUGCACAAGCUUGUCACUUUGAUGGUGUAUGGAGCAUUGGGCAUAUAUAACUAGUACAAAUGUACAAUGAAGUUAGCUCGGUGAUAACUGUAAAGAUUCUUUCAUGCUUUCUUGUGGUGAUCUUGAUUUGGGAAAUUCCUGGAUUCUUUGACUUAAUCUGGAUUCCAUUUGCAAUC